CAUAAAGAAAAGAGAGACAGGAGGAGGAGGUGUAGAAGAGGACCAGAAAUCGUGGUGGGAAGGGGCUGCCUCCGUCCUUACAAGCGGCUCGCAAGCUGCACGCAGAAACCGAGCUGCCUCCAUUGCAGAUCGCCAGCUCUUUUUUUGGGGGGGGGGAGUCCCCCCUCCCUGUCACAAAAGGCUGGUGGGGUCCUCGCGCCGCCACGAAACGGCCUCUAAUAAAGAUCGCGAGCCACGCAGGGACUUUCUCAUUGUUUGAAUUGUUCGGAUCGGCACCCCAGAGCAGAUUUAUAUUCAGCACCCCCGGCUCGGGAUCUGCAGAUCGUCUCCUUUUUCUACCCCCACCCCUCGCUCCUGAACCGGACUUAUCAGGUAAAUGCAUUUUUUGCAGGCAACCCCCGGAUGGGCUGGAAAGUGACCCCCCCGUGCGAAAAGACACCCAUUAUCUCCCCUGGGGUCGAUGCAUGGGGUGAGAGGGGGCAGUGGAUCAGCGGUGGAAGAAGUGGGAGGAGGUGGGGUGGGGUAGCUGGAUCCAGAACCGCUCCUUUAAAAAAAAUAACAAUUGACACCUGAUCCUGUUACGCUCGCGCAAGGGAUGGAUUCGGUUACCUGGUCGCCGAACGGAACAAUGGACCAAUCAGCCCCGGGGGCGGAAGGUGGUGGGCGAUUCUGUUUCGUCUAAAAGUUUCCCAGGUGCUUUCGAAAGAUGAGCGCAGACAAAACAAAAUUGCCCUCAAGGCCGAUCCUCUGCCUUGCUAGAGAGCUCCUUUGUGCACUUUCCAGCUUUGCUGCUGCCGCUGCCGCCGCACGCACUCCUUGGGUUGUAAAGUCUCCUCCUGAAAACCACAGGCUCGGGUAAAAUUCCUAUUCAUCCUCAGAUCUCCGCUUUAAAAAAAAAAUCGGAAGAAAGAAAACAAUAUUACAGUAUUUGGAAAUGGUAUGCCAGUGUUUAUUACAAUCGCUUGGCUUGAGUGGCCUUAGGCACGUCAGCCUCAGUUUCUCCCUUUCUGUGAAAUGGGAAUAAGAAGGAUGCGCCUCACGGAUCUUACUGAGAUGGGAAGGAGAUGUUGUUAAGCCAGAUCCAUCAUUGUGCAGUGGAUAGAGGACCCCUUGAAAUGGGAUGUUUGAGGUUUGGCUUGAGGGAAAUCCCUGAGUUGAUGCCCAUCUCAUCCUAAAUUGGGGGAUUUGCAGGGGUUUUAUGCAUAGCAAAGUCUAAUUGCAAUUGGCUGUGUAUAGUAACACCAGAUAUCGCACAUCUCCCAUCCUUCCAUGGUCCCAACUCUUGCUGCUGACGGCGUAGAAAGCUCUGUGCAGUGCAGCCACAAAUGGACUGGGGAUCUGCGGCUGCACUUUCCAUCAUCCCUGACCAUUGGGAAUGCUGGCUGGGGCUGAUGGAUCCAACAGCAACUUGUGGGUUGGGUUUCCAGUUUGGAACUGCAACUACAGAAGUUGUCAGAUACAGUGGUACCUCAGGUUAAAUACGCUUCAGGUUACAUACGCUUCGGGUUACAGACUCCGCUAACCCAGACAUAGUGUUUCAGGAUAAGAACUUUGCUUCAGGAUAGGAACAGAAAUUGUGCUCUGAUGGCGCGGCGGCAACAGGAGGCCCCAGUAGCUAAAGUGGUGCUUCAGGUUAAGAACAGUUUCAGGUUAAGAAUGGACCUCCGGAACGAAUUAGGUACUUAACCCGAGGUACCACUGUACUUGGAAAGUCACAAUAGGGGUGGGUGGGGGCCAUUUCCCAGAGCUCUCUAGGAAGAGGGAUUGAUUGAUAAGCAGUCUGGGAAUUGUAGCUCUGAGUGGGGGGAAAGGGCUCUCCUAAUAACGCUCAGCUCCCUUAACAAACUACGGUUUCCAGGAUCCCUUGGGGGAAGCUGUUUAAAGUGGCAUUGUGGUGCUUUAAAUGUAUGCUGUAACCAUGGUCCUUGUUUGCUUACGGUUGAUGAUCAUAGAAUCAUAGAGUUGGAAGAGACCACAAGGGCCACUGAGUCCAACCCCCUGCCAAGCAGGAAACACCAUCAGAGCACUCCUGACAUAUGGUUGUCAAGCCUCUGCUUAAAGACAGUCCCUUUUUAAAAAGUCAGGAAACUGGUUUCCAAAAUGCAGGAGGAUUUAAGGGCUGGUUAACAGAGACAUGUGCAUCCCCUUAUUUCUCCAUCACUUGGUUAUCAUGAAUAUAAAGAUCUCCUGCUGUCUGUGCAAACUGACUGUGUUUGAGGUCAUGCGAGGUGCCUUGGAAGUUCUGUGUGUGAUAAUUUAUUCACACAAGUCAUCACAGGAUGGCUAUCCACAGAUAACAAGUGAUGAGUGCCCAUGUGUGUGAAUUGGCUCCUGACAUCCUGGCAGCUGGACCAGUGCAAGGGGUGUCAUAGAUGCCUACCUCCAAAGUCAAGGAUAGGGAAUUUGGUUCCCUGCAGAUGUUGUCGGACUCCAACUCCCAUCAUUCCUUUACCACUGGACUGGGGAUGAUGGGAGUCUAACAAAAUCUAGAAGGCUGUAGGUAACCCAUCACUGCCUUAAGAUGUUUAACUUUUCUGCCAUAGAGUCAGGAUGGCUAAAGAGCAGUAGAUUGUACUCAAUACCUGACGCACUUUUAGGUAAAGUGAGGUAUUCCACAAUAACUAUGUGUAGGUUAACAGUGGUAUUUAUUUUAGGAAAAUUUAGAGCCCAAAGUCUGGUCCGGUGUUUGAGCUCCAGAUAUAAUUUACUCCCACAAAUAAUUAUAGCGUUCUCUCUGUGACUCCCUUGGGACCAAAUUACAAGGCGGUAGCUCAAUAUUGUGUGUGUGUGUUAAAAAAAGAGAGAGGCUAAUUUGCAAACUGACAUUAAACACUAGACUGAUGUGAUAUCGCUACUCUGCUCUGGUUAUUAGGCUCGAGCAAGCAGGAGAAUACUAGCUUAGCAGGGGCUACACGUGUGUUUCAUGGAUGGAACGAUUGUCUUGUUUUUAGGAGCCUGUGGCUUGCUAGUACCUGGCUUGGCAUCGGAUCAUGGAGGAUGCGUGGCUAGUUGCAGAUCCGAAUCAGAAGCCCGUUUACAGGGAAACUCACCAGGAGACCUGUGACAGUCUGGUGGCACUGAGUAAGUAUCUCCUUCAGAAGAUCCCCAACUAAAACAGGCCAUGUUGCAGAGCCCAGAAGCAAUACAGUGGUACCUUGGGUUACAAACAGUCCUGCUUACGAAUGCUUCGGGUUACGAACUCCACAAACCUGGAAGUAGGUGUCCCGGGUUGCAAACUUUGCCCAGGAUACGAACGCAAUCCGCUUCCGGGGCUGCAGGAGGCCUAUGUAGGGAAUGUGCGCCUCGGAUUAAGAACACUGGGAUAAGAACGGACUUCCGGAACGAAUUAAGUUCGUAACCCGAGGUACCACUGUACUUUCUUUCUUUCUGCAUGUUCUAAAGCAGGGGUCAGCAAACUUUUUCAGCAGGGAGCCUGCCCAAAGGUGAAAAUGUGAUAGAAGAUAAUGGUUUGGCUUCAGAUUUAAGAAACGGUUAUGCAUCAUCCAAACAAAUGAAAACAGUGCACAGGAAUGGGAGACCCAGGGCUCUCCAGAUAUUAUUAGAUGACAAAUCCCACCAUCCCUGAUGAUGCUCAGGGCUCAUGAGAGUUGCUCCUUCCUGCUCCUCACCCCUGCAGCAUUUUUAUUCCUGUAAAUCACACAAAUUUGCGGUGGGUUAGCAAGUGGUUUAUAGCUGUGCAGCUGCUGCUGUUUUGGUGUGAGGAAGAGGGUAGAACAAAGCAGCACAACACUCAUGUUAGAUGGGGGAGUUGGGUUUUGGUGAUCACUUUGAAAAAAACCAAUAAUAUAUAUUAUAGCAUGGUAUUCUUGUUUUUUGGCGAUCACUCGUAGCUGAGUAAGAUUGUCUUCCAUAAAUACGGUUUUAACAGUGAGUCCGUAAGUGACUGUGGAGGCCAGUUCUGGAUCCACACGUCCUUCCGCAGUGGGGACAUUGGUUUCUGGGCGGGAGUUGAUCACGGUGUGGAUUUGCCAAGCGUGCCUUCCUCCUAGCACGUUUCUCCCUUGCGUCCUGAGUUUGAGCGUCUUUGAUGAGUUUGGAUUUGAUAUCCCGCUUUAUCACUACCCUAAGGAGUUUCAAAGCGGCCAACAUUCUCUUUUCCCUUCCUCCCCCACAACAUACACUCUGUGAGGUGAGUGAGGCUGAGAGACUUCAGAGAAGUGUGACUAGCCCAAGGUCACCCAGCAGCUGCAGGUGGAGGAGCGGGGAGGCGAACCCGGUUCACCAGAUUACAAGACUACCGCUCUUAACCACUACACCACACUUUGAAGCCCAUGACACCUUUGGUAAAGGCUGUUCUCCAACUGGAGCGCUCACAGGCCAAUGUUUCCCAAUUGUUAGUGUUUAUACUACAUUUUUAAACUUUGCCUUGAGACAGCCUUUAAACCUCUUUUGUUGACCACCAGCAUUACGCUUUCCAUUUUUAAGCUCGGAAUAGAGUAGUUGGUAUUAUAUGGUAUUAUGUGGUAUUAUAGCAUGGUAUUAAGCAAGGCGGAAGUAUCAUAGCUUUGAUAUAGCCUGUUUUUCCUUCUUUAUGUAGGACCUGCAAGUCCCAAACCCAAUGAGAUUUUCCUGGUAGAAGAAGAUGAGGAAACUUGUGUCCCGGCAUCUAUUAAUAGGGAGAAUGCCCGAAGAGCCACCUUAGGUGAGUAGUGCACUUUCAGUGGACCCCAAUCUUUUUCUUUGACAGGGCCAACCGAUUCUCUUCAUCCGUAGUCUCCUGGAGGCAAGAAGUGUGAGAAUAUGGACCAGGCCAAACAAUGGUACUGCAGAGACGAAGGCUGAUUGAUGGGUUUUCUUUUGCACCUGAGAUCUAACUGGACACCUUACCUAGGGUAAAGGAGAUAUUUUUCUUUGGCAGGUUGGCGUUUGGCCCUCAUGUUCUUUUGCCCUCUCCUGAAAUAUCUCACUUGGCUCAUUUACUUGAGCCACUUAACGUUAGUGCCCUGUUGAGUUUUGGUUGUGCUGUUGUUGCCUUGCACCUGGAGAAAGGUGGCACCUCGUUAUUGCUACUGUUAUUUAUUUAAUUAGUUAUUCCAUUUAUGGAUCACAUGGCGAUUAAAAACCCUGGUCCCAAGCUGUUAUGUGGCUUUGUAUACUAAAAGCAAAACCUUAAACUUGGACGGGCAACAUUUUGGCAGCCAGUUUUAACAGCUCCUUCGGCAAAGGUGUCACAGAGAGGUGUAACAAAAUAAAAAGAUUCCUUCCAGUAGCACCUUAGAGACCAACUAAGUUUGUUAUUGGUAUGAGCUUUUGUGUAUCUGAAGAAGUGUGCAUGCACACAAAAGCUCAUACCAAUAACAAACUUCGUUGGUCUCUAAGCUGCUACUGGAAGGAAUUUUUUAAUUUUGUUUCAACUAUGGCAGACCAACAUGGCUACCUACCUAUAUCUGAAACACAGAGGUGUGCUAGCAGCCUGGCUGACACAUUCUGCACUAGCUGCUGGUGGCGGAACAACUCUAAGGGCAGCCCCACCUAGAGCCCAUUGCAGUAGUCCAGUCUUGAGGUUACUCAUGCUACUGUGGCUAAGGCUUGGCCAUAACUGCCACACCACACAAAGCUGGUAAAAGGCACUCCUAGCUGCUGAGGUCGCUUGGGAAACCAGCAAUAGUGAUGGAUUCAGGAGCAUUCCUUUUUACAAUGUGCCUGUUCCUUCAACCUUGUUUCUGAAUAGUUUAAGAUUUUGGUUAUCACAUUUAUCAAUACAUAGGAAAGUCUGGGGCAGGGGAUCAAGUUGCAUAGUUGCCUGGUUCCCUAAAAGUCCAAAAUUGGCAGUCAUGAGGUCCAGAAGCCUCGGCCCUGUAUACCUGUAUCUCUGCCCCCAUCCUUCAGCCCACCUCCAAGGGCCUUCUGGCGGUUCCCUCACUAUGAGAAGUGAAGCUACAGGGAACCAGGCACAGGGCCUUCUCGGCAGUGGCGCCAGCCCUGUGGAAAGCCCUCACAUCAGAUGUCAAGGAGAUAAACAACUACAGUCCAACCUUGGUUCCUGAACGGCUUAGUUGCCGAACGAAUCGGCUCCUGAACGCCGCAAACCUGGAAGUAAGUGUUCCGGUUUGUGAACGUUUUCCGGAAACCAAACAUGCGACGCAGUUUCCAUGGCUUCCAGUUGAGUGCAGGAAGCUCCUGCACUCAAUCGGAAGCUGUGCCUUGGUUUUUGAAUGGUUUCGGGAGUCGAACAGACUCCCAGAACGGAUUAAGUUCAAGAACCAAGUGGUACCUUGAGUUACAAACACCUCAGGUUACAAACGCUUCAGGUUACUCCGCUAACCUAGAAGAGUACCUGAAGUUGAGAACUUUGCCCCAGGAUGAGAACGGAAACCGUGUGCCGGCAGCGCAGCGGCAGUAAGAGGCCGCACUAGUGAAAGCACGCCUCUAGUUAAGAACAGUUUCAGGUUAAGAAUGGACCUCCAGAACGAAUUAAGUUCGUAACUAGAGGUACCACUGCACACAACUUUUAGAAGACACCCGAAGGCAGCCCUGUAUAGGGAAGCUUUUGAUGUUAUUGUGUUUCUGUAUAUGCUAGAAGCCGCCCAGCGUGGCUAAGGGAAAAUAAUAAUAAUAAUAAUAAUAAUAAUAAUAAUAAUAACAACCACCACCACCACCACCUGAAAGCUGAGUUUUGAAGGAAUCCUAACAAGGCUUAUAUUUUCCUCGAGCUUUGCCUGCUCCAUCAAUGUUCUGACUGUCCUAAGGGAGAUUUCUUUUUCUCUGCGUCUUUCCCAGCAGUCGAGGGACUGGGCAGUGAAGAGGAGGAGGAGAGCGACGAGGAAGAUGUCCAGCAGCACGAUAGCCCUGCGGUGGUGCAGCUGGACGCCGGGAACUGCCAGAGCCUGCACUGGAGGGUGGUGCAGCAAGUGGGCGGCGGCAAGGUCCUGGCGCGGGAGGGGCCUCCCCUCAUGGUCCUGCAGAAGGGCUACGAGUGCGAGGACUGCGGCAAGGUGUUCAGCUGCAGCUCGCACUACAGCAAGCACCGGCGCACGCACACGGGCGAGCGCCCCUUCCGCUGCGGCGACUGCGGCAAGAGCUUCAACGUCAGCUCCAACCUCUACCGGCACCAGCGGGCGCACGCCAGCGCCAAGCCGGCGGCCCCCGCCCCCUCCCUGAUGCCCAGCCGCGGGCUGCCCUACCAGUGCGCCGAGUGCGGGCGCUGCUUCCGCCGCAACACGGAGCUGGUGACCCACCAGCGCCUGCACACCGGGCGCCUGCCCUUCCAGUGCGGCGACUGCGGCAAGAGCUUCUCGUGGAGCUCCCACUUCGCCCGCCACCUGCGCAUCCACACCGGCGAGAAGCCCUACCCCUGCGACGAGUGCGGCAAGCGCUUCAGCCGCAGCUCGCACCUCUACCGGCACCAGCGCACACACGGCACCAGCGCGGCGGCCAGCGUCACCCGCGCCUACAUCUGCACCUACUGCGGGCGCAGCUUCAGCACCACGCUGCACUUUGACCAGCACCAGCGCACGCACCGCGGGCGCAAGCCCUACAAGUGCACCCUGUGCGGCAAGGCCUUUGCCGACGGGCUGGCUCUGGUGAAGCACCAGCGCCUGCACCUGAUGGGCGGGGACCAGAGCCACCAGUGCGCCGAGUGCGGGCAGAGCUUCGGCGGGCGCUCGCAGCUGGCCCGACACCGCCGGCUGCACGGCACCGCCGAACAGCCCUACGGCUGCGGGGAGUGCGGGCAGAGCUUUGGCACGCGGGGCCAGCUGGCUCAGCACCGCCGGCUGCACCUGUCGGCUGAUAAGCCCUACCGCUGCGGCGAGUGCGGGCUGAGCUUCACCUGGAGCUCCCACUGGGAGAGGCACCGGCGCAUCCACACAGGCGAGAGGCCCUACUCCUGCGCGGACUGCGGCAAGCGCUUCGGGCGCACCUCCCACCUCUACCGACACCAGCGCACCCACGCCGGCGGGCAGCCCCACGUCUGCCCGGACUGCGGCAAGAGCUUUAACAGCACCUUGCACUUCCAGAGGCACCAACACACCCACCACCUCGAACCGGACGGCAGCCCGCUCCCCGGCCGGGACUGCGGGGACUGCGGGAAGCCCUGUGCCGCCUCCGCCGCCUCCUCUCUGCUCAAGAACCAACACGCGCAUGCGGGCGAGAGGCCGUACCCCUGCCCCCAGUGCGGGCGCCGCUUCCGCGACACAGAGCAUCUCUACCGCCACCUCCGCAGCCAUGCCCACCGGGCAGGGGAGACUGUCCUCAUGCCGGCUUCUACACAGCACAAGGAGCUUGUUCCGUGCUAA